GAAGUAAAAAAAACUAAUCAAAUAAUUGAUUUUCAAUCAUGAAAGAUUGUUCAAUUUAUUAAAGUUGUAGCGAUUGAAAGGAUUAUAAUCACUGAUCUAUCGUGUUUUUGUGCAUGUAUCAAAAACUAUCGGCAUUAAUGUGCGUCUCAAUGAUAUAUUGUCAUCAACAAUUCAUUCCAUUAAUGUUUAUAACAACCAAUAAUUCAUCAAUAAAUUGUAACAAAAUGCAGCCAGCCUUCAUGCAUAAAUUAACCAUUGCAAUAGUUUUGAUUAUUAUAAUCAUAUUUGGUUCAUGCUUAUUGAUGACCACUCAAUUAUCAACACUGCCAUCCGCAUCAUCAUCAUCAUCAUCUGCUUCAAAUAGUCGUUUAUUGGCAACAAGAUCAUAUGAAGAAUCCAUAGCAAUAAAGAAUUUAUUGUUGAAUAAAUUUAAUGUGAAUAAACAAAACAAUAGUAGCUAUAAUCAUCAACAAUACAAAUUAAGUAGAAAUUUUGUGUUAUCAUCAACAAUAGUACCAUCAUCUCAACAAAUGAUAGGAUCCUUACCUACACCAUUAGCAACAUCAACAACAUCUCGUAUCGAUGUUUUAUUCGAAAAUCGUAAAACUAAAUUUAAAGAUCCAGAAGAAAACACAGAUGAAAUCGAAAUUAUCAAUAAUGAUAGUAAUAUUGAUACUAGUGAAGAUUAUGAUGAAGAUGGUGAUGUUGAUGAUGAUGAUAAUAACGAAGAAAUCAAUAAAAAUGAAAAUGGGGGUCUUCAUAAUCCGCAAAAUCAACCAGCUUCAAUUUCUGCAUCUUCCGGAGAUAUUAAGAAAAAAUUUUUGACAUUAUUGUCGAAAAAAAUUCGUCGUCGGAAACAACAACGGCGACAUUAUCCACAAAAAAAUCAUCCAAAAGAAAUGCUUUCUGCACUUGGGAUCCAUUUCGAUAACCGUAGUCAAUCGUCAAAUGAAUCAACAUUUGAUUGGCAAUUACAACCAUCAUCGACACUAAAAUUACAACCGCAGCUGCCAAAUUCAUCAUUCGAUCUCGAUGAUAAUAAAAACCAUGAAGACACUUUAGAGGAUGAAAAAACUGCAGUCAAUGACAGCAAUAAUCCGAUCUCAUUUUCUCAAUUGUCAUCUGCACAUUCUCAUUCUUCUGCCUCUUUUCCUUUAUCAGCAUCAAAUAAUUUGGAUACAACAAUCACGAUUCCGCAAGCUACAUCAACUUCAGAUAAAUUAUCUCCAGUUGAUAAUCAAUCAUUUGACCAGAUUUUAUUAUCAAGAGAUUCCGUUAAAUCAUGGCAACCAGCAAAACAAUCUUCAAAGAUUACUUUAUCUUCAUUGACACAGCCAUCAUUAAAUCUAAGUUCAAGAUCACAAUCGAUUGCGCAAUUAUUCCGUGAACUAUCACAAAAUCAUCACUUUCCACAAAUAAAUCACGACAACAACGAAAAAGAUGCUCAACAUUUAAGCGAUUCAAUCGACAAUCAUAAUAAUUCGGAACUUAGUCAUAAAAAUAAGCAACUAUUAUUGCUGCAAAAUGAUAGCUGCUCAAAUCCAAACGGAAUAAAGAUUACUAUAUCAACCGAUAUCGAAAUAACAUCACCAGAUUAUCCAAAACGUUAUCCACCAAAUAAACAUUGUAUAUGGCAUAUAGAAUCACAAAAAGAUCAAUUGCUCAAAGUACAGAUAUUCAAAUUACACAUUGAACAUGAUGCCAAUUGUCGUUUUGAUUAUCUCGAUUUCGAAGGUGUUCAUCGAGUUGAUCGAAAGACUGGCAAAACAUUAAUAAGUACGAAGAAAUUUUGUGGACAAUAUCCUAAAGUUCAUGAAUUCGAGAUCGGUGCCAAUCAUAUAACGAUUGUAUUUCAUUCAGAUUCAUAUAAUGAAUAUCCAGGAUUUCAAAUUCGAAUCAUAGCACAAUCACAGGAUUGUACAAACGAAAUGUUUGUACACAAUUAUUCAUAUAUUACAUCACCAAAAUAUCCAGAUUCAUAUGAAGAUUCAAAAAAUUGUUGGACACUAGUUCGUACACGUCAUAAUCAUCGUCUUUUGAUUCAAUUUGAAGAUUUACAUCUUGAAUCGGGUACAAAUUGUGAAUUCGAUUAUGUAGAAGUUUUUGAUUCCGCAAAAGCUAUCCCAUCCAAUUCUUUGGGCAAAUUUUGUACAUUACCAACAAGUUCAAAAUUUUUCAUAUAUUCCACAGAUAAUUCAUUGCUUUUUCAUUUUGAAUCUGAUAAUUUUCUUGCUCUAAGAGGCUAUAAAGCAAAAAUCGUUGCAUUACGUAAUGAUGUAAAUAUUUCUCGCUACAUGGAAUGUGAUUGGAAUGCUGAUUGGCAAAAUAUGACUAUCUCUAGUCCGUCGUAUCCUGGACCAUAUCCGAUUGGAUCUCAAUGUGAAACAUCGAUCAUGGCUCCAUCAGCAAAUGAACGCAUAAUAUUGCUAUUUGAUUGGAUCGAUUUGAUGGAUCAAAAUGACGAUAUUAAUCACGAUUAUGAUGACGAUGGAGACUAUGAUCAAAAAUUUGAUGCAUCAUAUAAUGGUCGUUCACCACUAAUUAUUCGAGGACAUCAACAACAUAGACUUUUGAAUUGUUCACAAGAUCGUUUAGAAAUAUAUGAAACAUUAAACGAUACCGAACCAUCGACACUGUUUUGUGGUUUUCAAAGUCAACCUAUACGUUAUGUUUCACAGACCGAUAGUAUAAGGUUGGUUUUUCGCUCGAUUUAUUCCAACGAGAAAGAUCGAUCGAGAACUGAACAAACAUCAAAAAUGGAAACCGGUGUUUAUGAUGUUUUGAAUCCAGGAUUUCGUGCUAAAUUCACCUUUAUGUCUAUAGAUGACGAUGAAAAUAUUCCAAUCAUGGAUGAUACGAAAAAAUCAUUGCACCACACAAAUGAAUCUACAAAUGUAGAUGCCGAAAGCAAUGAUAUCAUCUUAAUUCAUGGUCCUCAAAAUGCAUCGAUUCGUCUAGGUUCUUCUCAUAUUCUAUAUUGUGAAGUAAAAACCCCAUCAAAUGGAAACGGUGAAUCAUCAUUACCAAUCAUAUGGUUCAAAGGUGAUCGGGAAAUACACGAAGGCGUAUCCAGUAAUGGAAGCUCAUUAAUGAUACGAGAAUUCACUCCAAAAUCUGUUGGGCGAUACAUUUGCGUAUAUGGAGAUAAUUCAAGUGAUGCUUGGCUUACUUUAAAACCAGACACAACUCGAUGCUCAUCAUCGAAUGUUUUAUUUCGUGAACGACCGCGUGAUCAAUUCACCAGUGAAGGUGAAUUUGUCAUGUUACACUGUAGCGCAACGUUGACUGAUUCCCAACAGGAUGUGAAAAUCAGUUGGCAACGUGUGCCAUUAAUUCAUAAUCAUUCGGGGGAUGGUCAAACAAUCACCCGUACUCAGCCAGUUGUAUAUAAUUCAAGGAUAAAGAAACUUAGUCGUGGCGAUUUACUUUUCGAUCGAGUUCUAGUCGAAGAUUCGGGCUAUUAUUUUUGUGUGGUCCGACUUGAUCAUCAAUUUUUUUCAAACAGAUCUAGUACGGACAGCAAUAAAAUUACUAAUCACAAUGAAGAUGAUUGCGUAUUGAAAUCGGUUGCACGUGUUCAGAUUAAUCGACGUGUCGAUGUGAGAGAUUUUUGUGGUGUCAUUUCAAUACAACAAAACACUCAGCCAGAUACGAUGGAAGAUGUGGGCAAAAUUAUCGGUGGUACGGAAGCACUGCCUGGAGAAUUUCCUUGGAUGGUCAUGUUUUGGGAUGAAAAGCGUCAUGUCUUUUGCGGAGGGGCACUUUUAAAUGAACGAUGGGUAGUGACAGCUGCACAUUGUUUCACGGAUAUAAUCGAUGAAUCAACAGUGUUUGUCAAGCUGGGAAAAUAUGAUCAAACGGAAACUGAACCAAUGGAAGUGGUAACGAAAAUUCAACAUACUAUAAAACAUCCACAUUUUUCAAAUGAAACAUUUGAUAAUGAUAUUGCAUUAGUAAAAUUGACUACUCAUGUACAAUUUAACGAUAAUAUCCGACCAAUAUGUUUAGCAACAUCAACCGAUGAAGUUCGGGAAAUGAAUAGCUUUUUCUUUGCUCAAGAUCAUCAUCAUCAACAUCAUAAUAAUAAUAAUCACGAUUCUAUAGAUAUAAACAACAAUGACAAUGAUGAUAAUAGCGAUGACUACAGUCGAAUUAUAAAGUUUGGUAUUGUAGCCGGUUGGGGACGAUUGAAAGAAAAUGGACCAUUACCACGAUAUCUACAUAAAAUAAAAUUACCAAUUGUUGAUCGGCAAAAAUGUCGACAAUCUACAACAUUCAAAGUAACCGAAAAUAUGUUCUGUGCAGGUUAUGGAAAAGAAAUUGUUGGUGAUGCAUGCAAAGGUGAUAGUGGUGGACCAUUAGUUGUAGAAUUUCAUUCUCGUUGGACAUUACUCGGCAUUGUUUCAUGGGGUGAAGGAUGUGGUCGACCACAAAAAUAUGGAUACUAUACAAAAGUGAAUAAUUAUGAUAAUUGGAUAAGACGUUUGACCGCCAUUCAUUAGAAAUUUGAUUUUUUUUUCAUACAAAUUUUUGUGUAAUUUAUUUUCCUUGUUUAUUUUUAUGAUGCAUUUUUGUUUCAUUUUGAAUCAUAUCUUCACAAUUUUAUGA